AUGAUUUCAUUUAUUGAUCUUUGGAUUUCGACUCACAGCCCGCAGCCAGGCCAAUUGGACGAGUAUAAGGACGGUUUGGAGCGUUUGAACGCUGCGAUCGCAUUCAAAGCAUCUGCCGAGGAUUCUCGCGAUACGGCCCGCCUCGUCGAAACAGGCGCCAAAAAGCUCACCCAGCUCUACACCAAACUCGUCGCCGAAGGCUCCUCCGGCUCCCCCUCCCUCGGCCUCGAAUUCACCCCGCCCACCUUCCCCCCCUCCCUGCUCGCCUCCCUCCGCCCCCUCGUCGCCUUUCUGCGCACGCUCCCUCUGCCCUCGACGCAUCCCUCCCAUCCGGCGGCGCCGGGCAUACUGGCGACGCUGAAGGAGGCGCAGAGGGGCUAUGCGGAUAUGCGCGGGAAUUGGAAUAGGAGGGGGUUGGAGAUGCAUGGGAAGAGGGUGGUGGAUCGGGCGGAGACGUUGGAUGGGGUGGAGGCGGGGAGGGAGUUUGGGAGGUGGGUGGAUCAUUUGUUGGGUGUGGCGGAGAUGGAAUACACCCUCCUGGCGGAUCUCGUGCCGCUGACGAGCGGUGUGGUGUUGGCGUCGACGUAUGAUACGUUGUUGGCCCCGCUGUUAUCGCUCUUCACGGAUACGCUCUCCUCGCUGACGUCCAUCAUCAAACGGUCCCUGCACAAAUACACCUUCCUCGCGCUCUCGACGUACUCAUCGCUCAGCGCCCUGCAGACGCGCUGGGAGGUCCUCUUGACGCGGCGAGCGAGCGCCGGUGCCGGUUCGGGAUUGGGGGCACCGGAGACGCGGAGGGAGGCGACGAACGAGCUGAGGGACGGGUUGAGUGCGAUCAGGGCUGUUUGCCUUCGCAGCUUCCCAGAGUUUUUGGCUGACUUGAAGAUGGCGGCGAUGGGCAAGGGGGGGGAGAUGAGUACGGGGUUGGCGGAUUUUACGGUGACGACGGUGGAGUAUAUGAACCGGAUCCCCGAGGUGCAAGAGGCGGUGGGGUCGGCGUUGGUGGGGUUGGGGGACGGGAAUUGGAAGAUGGGGGAUGGGAAGCAGGUUGGGAAGGGGGGGAAGAGUGGUGGGGAUGUGAAUGGGCAGAUUGUGAUGGAGCAUUACAUUUACGACGUUGUGACGACGGUUCUGGCGAGCCUGACGACGGUGUCUCGAACGCAGAGACGGGGGGCGUUUGGGUCGAUAUUUUUAUUGAACAAUGUGUCUUAUUUCCGGGACCAGGUGGAUAGGCAGCCGUGGAACCCCUGCAGGCCCUCUUUGCUGUCGAAGCCGACGCAAGACGUCCUGAGCUCUGCGUUGCGGACUGCGAAAGCGGCGUACUUUGACUCGAACUUUUCGGCUUUGAUGCAAACGCUGUCUGAAGACUCGCGGGAGAAGGUGGGUGGGAGUGCGUGGAAGGCGGGUGUGAAGGAGAAGUUUACGAGGUUUUAUGAUUUGUUGGAGGAGGUGAAGGAGAGGCAUCGGCUUGUGAGGGUGUUGGAGGAGGAUGGGGAGGGGAGGGAGAAGGUGGGGGAGGAGGUGGUGAAGUUGGUGGUGCCGGUGUUGCAGAGGUUUACGCAGAAGCAGAGGGAGAAGGAGUUUAGUAAGAGUGAGUGGCUGUGUUUUGUGCUGUGUGUUUUGGGGCUGAUGGGUGGGCUUAGAUCCGCAGAAAUGUGA